UCACCAAGUUUGGUUUCUUACAACCUAAAUGAAUGUUUUAAGUGAACUUAGAUGCUUUUUUUCUCCUUUGUGUUCAACGGGUCCUUUGUCAGAUCAGACAAGCGACAUCAUAGCCCUAACACGUUUACAACAGUAGGACUUUGAAGAAAGGUCGGGAAUCCAUCACUUGAAUCCUUCAACAUCUGUGUAAGUCAGGAAUCCAACCAUGAAGCUCAUCCACACAGCUUUUCUUCUUGUCUGCUGCAUCCUCGUCACACAAGCCAUUGAGAACAAGCUGGGCCAACUUUUGAAUGUGGCCAAACGUGAUGGCCAUCAGGAGCAUGUUGAUCAAGGACUUGAACCGGAAGUUAAACUCAGUUUCCGAUCAAAACUGGUCAAAAAUGUACCUAAAGUUAAGGCAGACAAACCAAAGCCGGCCAAAGAUGUACCUAAAGUAAAGGCAGACAAUUCAACGCUGGCCGCAGAAGUACCUAAAGUUAAGGCAGACAAAUCAAAGCUAGCCAAAGAUGUACCUAAAGUUAAGGCAGACGAAUCAAAGCCGGCCAAAAAUGCAGACAAAUCAAAGCCGGUCAAAGAAGUACCUAAAGUUAAUGCAGACAAUUCAAAGCUGGCCGAAGAAGUACCUAAAGUAAAUGCAGACAAAUCAAAGCUGGCCGCAGAAGUACCUAAAGUAAAGGCAGACAAUUCAACGCUAGCCGCUGAAGUACCUAAAGUUAAGGCAGACAAAUUAAAGUUAGCCAAAGAUGUACCUAAAGUUAAGGCAGACAAAUCACAGCUGGCCAAAAAUGUACCUAAAGUUAAGGCAAACAAAUCAAAGCCGGCCAAAAAUGUACCUAAACUUAAUGCAGACAAAUCAAAGCUGGCCAAAGAAGUACCUAAAGUUAAGGCAGACACAUCAAAGCUGGCUGAAGAAGAUCCUAAACCGGCCAAAAAUGUACCUAAACUUAAUGCAGACAAAUCAAAGCUGGCCAAUGAAGUACCUAAAGUUAAGGCAGACACAUCAAAGCUGGCUGAAGAAGAUCCUAAAGUUAAGGCAGACACAACAAUGCUGGCCGAAGAUGUACCUAAAGUUAAGGCAGACAAAUCAAAGCCGGCCAAAGAAGUACCUAAAGUUAAGGCAGACAAAUCAACGCUGGCCAAAGAAGUACCUAAAAUUAAGGCAGACACAUCAAAGCUAGCCGAAGAAGUACCUAAACUGGCCAAAAAUGUACCUAAAGUUAAGGCAAACAAAUCAAAGCCGGCCAAAAAUGUACCUAAACUUAAUGCAGACAAAUCAAAGCUGGCCAAAGAAGUACCUAAAGUUAAGGCAGACACAUCAAAGCUGGCUGAAGAAGAUCCUAAAGCAGACACAUCAAAGCUGGCCGAAGAUUUACUUAAAGUUAAGGCAGACAAAUCAAAGCCGGCCAAAGAUGUGCCUAAAGUUAAGGCAGAGAAAUCAAAGCCGGCCAAGGAUGUACCUAAAGUUAAGGCAGACAAAUCAAAGCUGGCCAAAGAAGUGCCUAAAGUUAAGGCAGACAAAUCAAAGCUAGCCAAAAAUGUACCUAAAAAUAAGGCAGACACAUCAAAGCUGACCAAAGAUGUACCUAAAAAUAAGGCAGACACAUCAAAGCUGGCCAAAGAUGUACUUAAAGUUAAGUCAGACAAAUCAAAGUUGGCCGAAGAUUUACUUAAAGUUAAGGCAGACAUUUCAAAGCUGGCCGAAUUAUUAAAUUUGAACUGA